AUUUUCAACAUUAUUUUGACCUAUGUUUACUAUAAGAUCGAUUGUCGGAAUUGCAGUGCCAAAACAGGCUGCAUUGUAAGCGUUCUGCAGAGAUGAGCUCAAAAUUGAAGCUUCAAGACCCACUUGGUGUUCUUGUAUCGUUCAAAGAUAUGUGGUAUCAAAUAUUUCUCUACUGCCUUGCAACAACUGUAUUGAUGCACGGACUUGCAUCUUUGAUCGCACUAAGAGCUCUUCGGAAACAUAAACUCGGAAGAUACAUUCCAAUAGUCAUAGCAGUAGCUGGAUUUUUGUAUCCACUCACCGGAGGAAUCAUCACCAGUGCCUUGAUCUCUUGGAUAUACCAUGCAGCCAAAAUAGGGAUGCCGAACUAUUUCGCGUUCCUUUGGGGUGGUGGACAAGCACUUCUUUUGCUGAUCGUUUCGUUUACUCGCAUUAUUGCAACGUUGUAGUCUCUGUUAGU